AUAUUGGAAUAAAUGUGGUUAAACUUUCAGCUGAGUUUUCAUUCAUAACUCAGCUAACCAAAUUACUCCACAAUUAUACACUACUCACUGAGUUCCCAUUUCUCUCUUAGCAAUUCCCAGCGAGAUACAUGCAAAUGGCCGCAUUAGACUCGCCCAACUCGCCCAACUCGCCACCCAACCCAUCUUUUGCAAUAAGAGAACCAACUCACCACGAGUUCACUCGAAGCCUCUCUUUAAAACAACCACCGUAUACUCCAAACUCAAAAACGACGUACACUUGUCUAGCUUCAGUCCUCAAAAAGGACGGUCAGAUUCUGUCAAUGGCGAUAUCCAACGGUGUUAUUUACACCGGCGGUAAUACUAACGUGAUACGGAUGUGGAAGAUGCCGGAGUUCAGUGAGUGUGGACAGCUUAAGACGAAGGCGUGCGGUGUGGUUGCGUUGGAAGUUUCGUGUGACAGAGUUUAUGGUGCGUAUGGUGACGGGAGGAUUCGAAUUUGGAGAAGAACUUGGGACGGAGGGUUUAAACAUGUGCGGUUGGCGACUGUACCUGACACCGGAGGUUUUGUUCGGAGCUACAUUGCCGGAAAAGAGAAGACGAUGAAGCACAUGGGGCCAAUAACAUCAUUAGCUAUCAACAUUUCUGAUGACAUUCUAUACUCAGCUUCCCUUGAUAAAACAGUUAAAGUAUGGAGAUUAUCAGACUUAAAAUGCAUAGAGACAAUCCAAGCACAUUCCGAUCCAAUCAACGCGAUAGUCGUGGCAGACGACGGAGUACUCUACACAGCUUCAGAUGAUGCCACAGUCAAAGUCUGGCGUCGCAACUUUUGUACCGGAGACUGUCCGCAUUCCCUUAUCAUAACCUUACCUGCAAAAUUCUCCCCUGUAAAAACCUUAACCCUUACUUCAGAUAACAGAAUCCUCUACGGCGGAUGCACUGACGGGUACAUCCAUUACUGGCUUAGAGGUGGAUUUUCGGGCCAAUUACAGUAUGGUGGUGCUGUACAAGGUCAUACACAUGCUGUUUUGUGCAUAACAAACGUUGGAAGCUAUGUAAUAAGUGGAUCAGCUGAUUCAAGUAGCAGAGUUUGGCUAAGAGAUCAAUUAGAUGGGCAACAUAGUUGUUUAGCAGUUUUAGUUGGUCAUAGAGGACCUGUUAGAUGUGUUACAGCAUUUUUGGGUAGAUUAGGAGAUUAUGAUGAAGAGGAAGAAAAUUGCACAAUUUGCUCAGGAAGUCUUGAUGGUGUCAUAAAAUUAUGGCGCGUUACGCGUACUAGCAUAGACAGCGGACCUCUCUCGCCAACUGGUUACGAGUACUUUGAAAUGCAGUAAGAAUUCUAUUCGUUGCGUUUCAUAGUGUAUAGACGGAAAAAAUGCAGAACGGAAAAAGGCGAAACAAUAUUUUUCUAUAAGAAUACGAUAUAAAAUGUAAAGUUUUGUAGUUUCAGAAGUGUUUCUAGAAACGGAAAUAAAACUGUCAAAAUGUAGGAUUUGAGAAAUGAGUAUGCCUAGUUCCGUGGUGCUGCAUUUCAACCCCAUGAUCAUGUCGUGGCUCGUCACUCUUUAACAGUCGAUAGACGGUAUAACAAAAGAUUCUCAAACCGAUGAGAAUGGCUAUGAUCACCAGAGCUGAUACGACGUAGUCCACGACUGAACGGUGUUUCUUGCACCCAAAAACAACUCCUAGACAAACCAUGGCUAGAUGCAACUAUAUUUAUUUUGUGUUCUAGAUAAGUUUUUUCUGGUAUAUUCUUGGCUUAAUAAGAGUCGAACAUCACUUGCUUCUUUACCAAGUUUGGUAUAUACUAUAUAGUGAUUGUAAAAGAAGAAAAGUUCAAGAAUCCUGAAGAACCAGAAGCAUUAAAAAGAAAGAAAUUCAAGAAUCUCUUCAUCUUGGACAAAGCCUAAAAUCCAUUAUAGUCAGCUUUUUUUUUUUAUCUUUGAAUUUAUAUAUGCUUUAUCCUAGGAUUCACCAAUUUUCUUAUCUUACUUUUGGCUACCAUGUGCUUCUUUACAGAAAAUUAUUGUGGAAUUGUAAUGACUUUUUUUU